AUUAAACAUCUCUUUAAUAAUUCUCAGAAUAUCUGCUAUUAUUACCGGAGCCACCUAUAUUCCAAGACUAUUAAAGUUCUUAUACUCCAGAUAUGCACUGAUCACUUUACCAUUACUAAGAAAUAUCAGGAUAUUCUUAAUAAUCUUUCUCUGAAUUCUAUUAUAUUCACAGCUAAGAAUCAAGAAGAUAAUGAGCUAAUAACAACCUUCUAUAUCAAUGAGAAUAAG